GUUACUGAUCUUCUUCUGCCUGGGUGAAGAGCUGGGUGCCUGAAGUGGGACGGGCAAAGAGGGGAAACUCUGGCCCCGUCCCGUUUUCCACUUUUAAUGAGCGCUCCGAUCAUGCAGGAGUAAAAGUCCAGGUGGAACAUUUCAGCGCUUGCACACACGCCCGCUGGUCCAAAUUUGCUUUUCAAUGAACGCGUAAGGAUUCGGGGAAGAAACUGCACAGGGAAUUACUUUUUGUAACGCCUGGAGGACUAUUUUACCUUCUCAGGUUGGGAGGUUAGACAAGGACACCUGGUUGACCUGCUGAGCCAGCACACCACCCAUCAUGAUCAGAGCAUCACUCACUGCCAUCUGCCUCGCGCUCCUCCUGUCCUGUGCUUGCUGGGCCAAGCCUAACGGACCAAAGAACAAGAAACCAAAGCAAGUUGUUCCAGCCAUUGAGUGUGAUGUCAGAGCGGGGAAGAUCAACCUCCCAGAGUUCAUAGUCAAAUGUCCUGCACACUGUAAGGAGACAAAGCAGCAAGUCUAUGGGACAGGCGUGUUCGCCUCCAUCUCCAGCAUCUGCAAUGCAGCCAUCCACAGCGGCAUCAUCACCAACGCAGGAGGAAAGGUGAUAGUGAGGAAGAUGGCUGGGCAGAACAUCUACAAAGGCAGCAAUUCCAAUGGAGUGCGCUCUCUGUCUUUACCAAAGUGGAGGGAGUCGUUUGUUGUCUCCGUGGGGAAGCCCAAGAAAGGAGUGAUCUACCCGUCUACUCUGGACUACGUCCCCUCAAGACCAACCUACGUGAAAACAAGUCAAAAGGAGGCCAAAGCGCCUGCAGUCACCACAGUGCUGCCUACGCCAACUGCACCUGAACCCACCACAACUACUACACCCGAACCCACCACCACACUGGCUCCCACCACUACCACCACCACUAUACCUCCACCGCCACCCACUACUCCUAAGCCUCGAGCUGCCGCCCAUAAAGUCCGGGAUGCAGGCAGCAGUCACCCAUACCUUGCCUCUGUGGCAGCCGCAAGACAGUCACAGAACAGUCAAGGAAAAAGUCCCGGCCAAGUAUUCAGAGGAAGUGGCUAUCCGAAUAGAUACCCGCAACGUGCCAGUGCAGGUCUGCGCAGACCAGAGGCAGGGUCGGCUAUCAGGAGACAGCCAUCCUCUCCAGUCGGCCCAGCUUUUAACAGGGUUCAGCCGGCUCCACCCGAGCGGACUCCAACCAUGAGCCAGUCAAACCCUGCUUAUCCCAGAAGGGAUUGGCCGCCUCCUGCCUUUCCUCGUCCUGAUUGGUUCCCUGGAGCUCGACGAACAACAGAUGUUAGUUAUGCAGCUCCAGACUCAGGAUACACGUGGAGUGAGACGGACACACCUGAGAUUACAGCUCGGGAUCACAGGCCUGAUAUCUCAGAAUAUGAGCGCUGGUUUUAUAACUUUGGACCGUACCUGCCUCGCACUCCAGACUCAGAUGGCAACCAUAAAGUGCCAUUGGAUACAACCCAUACUAGAGUGGAGCCAGUGGAUGCCUGGAAGCCAGAUGCAAACUUAUACGAAUCAGGCUUUAACGUGAGGGAACAGGAACCUGUACCCAGAGCACCUGAGCCCGUGUCACAGGGAGACCCAAAUUGUAAGGUGGAUCUGGCCUUCCUCAUGGAUGGGAGCUGGAGCAUUGGGAAGAGGCGCUUUAAGAUCCAGAAGGACUUCCUGUCAGAGGUGGCUCAGGUCAUCAACGUUGGUGUGGCUGGACCCAUGAUGGGCCUCAUCCAAUAUGGGGAUGACCCCGUGACAGAGAUCAGUCUGAAGUCUUACACCACCUCCAGAGAGGUGAAGUCAGCCAUAGAUAAGAUCUCACAGAAGGGAGGUCUCUCCAAUGUAGGAAAAGCCCUCUCCUACAUCAACAAGCACUACUUCAGUGAUGCCAAUGGAAACAGAGGUGGAGCUCCAAACGUGGCCGUGGUGCUGGUGGACGGCUGGCCCACAGACAAGGUGGAGGAGGCGUCUCGGCUCGCUCGGGAGUCAGGCAUCAACAUUUUCUUUGUCACCAUCGAGGGCCCCGAUGAAAAUGAGAAACAAAACCUGGUUGAGACCAACUUUGUUGACAAGGCUGUGUGUCGGACCAACGGCUUCUUCUCCCUGCCCGUGGCCAGCUGGUUUGCUCUGAGGAAGGCCGUGCAGCCCUUGGUGAAGAGAGUGUGUGACACAGACCGCCUGGUGUGCAGCAAGACCUGCCUCAACGCCAACGACAUCGCCUUUGUCAUCGACGGCUCCAGCAGCGUGGGAACCGGCAACUUCCGCACGGUGCUGCAGUUUGUGGCCAACAUCACGCGGGAGUUUGAGAUCUCGGACACCGACACACGGGUCGGAGCUGUGCAGUACACCUACGAGCAGAGGCUGGAGUUUGGCUUCGGCCAGUACAACAACAAGGCCGAGCUGCUGAACGCCAUCAAACGCAUCAACUACUGGAGCGGUGGGACCAGCACUGGUGCUGCCAUCACCUAUGCUGCAGAGCAGCUCUUCAGCAAGUCCAAACCCAACAAACGCAAGAUCAUGAUUGUCAUUACGGAUGGGCGCUCCUAUGAUGACGUCAGGGAACCUGCACUAGCUGUCCAUCGCCAAGGUGUGAUCGCCUACUCCAUCGGCAUUGCCUGGGCAGCCCAAGAUGAACUGGAGUACAUCGCCACAGACCCCGACAAGGAGCACUCCUUCUUCGUAGACGAGUUUGACAACCUUUACAAAUUUGUACCCAAAAUCAUCCACAACAUCUGCCAGGAGUUCAACUCCCAGCCCAGAAACUGAGGACUGGGCGGGUGGAGGGGAGGUGUAGAGAAGGGACAUCUUGAUCCUGGGCUGUCUCAACAGAACACUGAUUGUAAAUUUACUCACUCUGUUGUCCAGAUGGCGGUGCUGGAUUGGCUGCGGCGCCCCGUAUUUGAACAGGGAGGGGUUUCGAAUUUAGGUGAGGAUUAAGGGUUCGAACAAAACAAAUCUUAAAGUGAAUCAGCAUUCGGUCCCAAAUAUACAGAUGGUGCUGAGGGUAAAGGGUUUGCAUUCACAGUGACAUAAUGACAUCUCAUGUGUGCUGUGGUGCCAGAUGUUGGUGCCAUAAAGAAAACAAAGUAUUCCUAAUCUUUUAAUUAUCGUGCUAAUAAGUCACCCUUUAUAAAGGGGUUUUAAACUGUAACUGAGGGUUUUAUUAAUGUUAAAUAAAUCACUAAUUCUCUGUAGAUCAGUUGUAAGCCAGGUUCAAUACAUGGUGUCAAUCUUCUUCUGGCAUAAAACCUUUUAUAUCUUUUUUAGGCAUGCAAACCUCUAAAAUGCACCGUUUGACCUCUGACCUUCUGGGAAAGUGCUGCAGAACAUUUGUGCCAAAAUUCAUUCAGGAGCAACUUUUCAGUGUUUGCCAAGCGCCCGUUUAAUGUGUUGAUUUUGGAACUACAAGCCUGUAAAAGCAGCGUGCUGGAGCAGCCACAAACCAAAAGUUAAAGCCCUCAAGUGCAACUUAUAAACCUUUACAAAGGGUGCAUUAUUAAGAAGUGGUACCAAAAUGAUUACCAAACAUAAAGCUACCUUACUGGGUUAUGGUGCUUGCAGAGAAAUGUAGAUUUAAAGCAUGCCUAGCACUUCCUCCUAUGGCUUAACAUACUUCAUAAACUUAAUAACACAGUGCUUUUUAUACAAUUCUCUGUAAAGAGGAUAUACUUUCUUAGAAUUGGUGCAUUUUAAUCUUCCUAAUAGGAGAGAUUUGAUAGUAGGGACAUUGUUAAAGUUCCUCUCAAAGACUAUGGUGCUGAUAUUGCUGUUGGUAUGAGUGCUUGAUGAAAUGAGGCUUACGUGAGAGGCAAAUCAACAACACGGAACAAAGAAGUGGACGAGAAGUGAGGAAUGAGGAGCUUGUAUAUCUUUGUAUGGAGUGAUGGCAGAUCAUAUAUGUGCUUCUCUGGAGAGGAAGCAGUUCAUCUCAUCACUCUUGUUUUCUAACAGCGUGGCUGCUUCUAACAUUGCAGACAUUUCUCAGUUUUAUUGAAAGAGUAUUUAUGAUUAUCUUCCUUUUAUGUCCUGUUUGUACAUAUGCAUAUUAAAAGCCUUUCGCUAAUAAUGUUCAUAAUUGAUCAAUAUUUUUUUUUUUGCAAUUUUUAAUAAAAUAAAGAAAAUGAAGAGAAGUUAAAGCUGC